AUGCUUCUCCGGCGUACAAUCCCGUCGGCCAUUUCGUACGCCACCAGCCGGCACCAUUCCUCCGCCGCAAAAAACCUCAAAUCUCUCUCAAAAAUACCCUAUAAAUACAGAGCCAAAGCCACCCAACAAGCUCAAGAAGCCCUAACAGACUACCUUCACGCCGUCAGAACUAUACCUUACACAUUCGCGGAAAACAUCAGCAAAUACUCCGCCGUCUCUCUAUCUAACGUCAUGUCUAAAGUGAAAUUUUCGACAUCCGACUUCUCCAAAUCCUUACAGAGGUUCUUAAGGUACCACCCAGUUAACGAAUUUGAAUUAUUCUUCGAAAGCAUUGGCAUUGAUGUUAACGAUCUCGAUGGGAUUUUACCUGCACGUAAGUUCUUUCUAUCAGAAGAUUUAAAUGCGUUUAAUGCUGCUUGUACCCUUUACAGUUUUGGGAUUCCAUGGAAUAAAUUAGGAAUGUUGUAUAAAGAACAGAAAACAGUUUUCGAUAAGGACCCAUGUGAAUUGAAGGAAAUCUGGAAAAGGUUUUUGGAUUAUGGUUUCACUAGUUCAUCUCUAAUUGGGAUUUUAUUGGUUUUUCCUCAUUUGUUAAAAGGAGACAAUGAAAUUGAUUCAUUAUUUCAUCAUUUGAAAAGGGUUAUCAUAGAUUUCGAUUUGAUUAACGAUGUGGAAGGCAAUGUGGAUGAAUGGAUUGAUAUCUGUAGAAAGAUUCAAUUAUUUUACCAUUUCGAUUCCAGCAAACCUGACCUGUUUGAGAUGAUUGGUAGAAGCAAACAUAUUUUGGUGGAAUAUUCAGAAGAAAUUUUAGCUGAAAAAAUCGAAUACUUUUCUAGAUUUAAUGUAACAAACAACGAGAUCCUGUCAUUGCUUCUUUCACAAUCAGAAAUCUUUGGAUGUAACUUAAAGAUUCCUAUAUUUUGUGUAUCGGGGCUUUUAAAACACUUUGGGAUGGAUGAAGAACAUUUGAAUUCUAUCAUCAAGAAAUACCCUUAUGUUUUUGGUAGAAAUAAGCUAUCCAAUCUACCCGAAGUAAUGAGAUCUUUAAAUCUUAAUCAAUGGUUCUUCAAUAAGAUAAAAGACGGGGGUCAUCAUAUACUAACUAGUUAUACCAUUCCCAUUCCCAAUUCCAAUCAAGAUUUUGAUAAAGAUUUUCUUGAAAGUUUAAUUAAAAUUCAAUCUUCUAGGGUGCCUAAUCACACAUUAAGUAAGCUCGAAUUCCUACACGCUAUUGGCUAUGGUGAAAACGGUUUAACCAUCAAAGUGUUAAAACAUGUUCAUGGGACAAGUAGUCAAUUAACCGAGCGUUUUAAUUGCUUAAUUCAUAAUGGAAUUGAAUUUUCAAACCUUGUUAAGAUCAUUAGCUUAUCUCCAAAAAUAUUAAAUCAACAAGCGGAAAUUCUCGAGAAGAAAGUGAGGUUUUUUCGUGAAGAGAUCGGCUCAUCUUUGGAGUAUCUUGAUGUUUUCCCGGCUUAUUUGUGCUUUGAUUUAGAGAACCGAAUAAGGCCCCGAUAUAGAUUUCAUAUGUGGCUUAUGGAAACCGGUUUGUGUGGAAGAAAAUACUCACUUGCUAGCAUUAUUGCCACUAGUGAGUUGAGCUUUAUUGCUCGUGUGUAUAGAAUUCACCCUGCAGCUCCAAAGAAGUAUCUUGAAAUCUUUAUGAACCAAGAUUGUGAUAGUUUUCAAGAUACUUGA